AGCAAAGAAACCGAAGAAGAUGUGAGCUGAUCCAGAUAUGGAUUUUUCCACGUGGGGUUUUCUGCUCCUCGCUCUGUUCACAGCCACCGCUGGCGUCGAGGGGACUGACCGCCGCGGAACUCGUACGGAGAGAAUUUCAGGAAGUGCUGGUGAUGUUCUUGAUGAUAAUCCCGUGGGAAAAUUGAAAGUUUAUGUAUACGAGCUUCCGAGCAAAUACAACAAGAAGAUCCUGCAGAAAGAUCCGCGCUGUCUUGCACACAUGUUUGCUGCUGAGAUAUAUAUGCACCAGUUUCUUUUAACCAGUGCUGUUCGAACUCUGAAUCCCGGUGAAGCGGAUUGGUACUACACGCCUGUUUACGCGACUUGUGACCUCGCGCCUAAUGGAUUGCCUCUGCCUUUCAAAUCUCCGAGAAUGAUGAGGAGCGCGAUACAGCACAUCUCCGCUAGAUGGCCUUACUGGAAUAGAACGGAAGGAGCUGACCAUUUCUUUCUUGUUCCCCAUGAUUUUGGCGCCUGCUUUCAUUAUCAAGAAGAGAGAGCUAUAAAAAGAGGGAUCCUUCCGUUAUUUCAACGUUCUACCUUGGUUCAAACUUUUGGACAGAGAAACCAUGUCUGCUUAAAUGAUGGUUCAAUAACAAUACCUCCAUAUGCGCCUCCAGAGAAAAUUAUGUCCCACUUGAUUCCACCAGACACACCAAGAUCCAUCUUCGUCUAUUUCCGUGGUUUGUUUUAUGAUGUAGAUAAUGACCCCGAAGGUGGUUACUAUGCGAGAGGUGCCCGGGCGUCCAUAUGGGAGAACUUCAAGAACAACCCACUGUUUGAUAUCUCCACGGAUCACCCAACCACAUACUAUGAAGACAUGCAGCGUGGUAUAUUCUGUUUAUGCCCUCUGGGUUGGGCUCCAUGGAGCCCCAGACUCGUGGAAGCUGUGAUCUUUGGUUGCAUCCCGGUGAUCAUAGCAGACGACAUAGUGCUGCCGUUUGCAGAUGCUAUUCCAUGGGAGGAAAUAGGCGUGUUCGUAGCAGAGAAGGACGUUCCUUACUUGGACACUAUCCUCACAUCCAUCCCUGCUGAUGUGAUUCUACGGAAGCAGAGGCUACUCGCCAAUCCUUCUAUGAAACAGGCGAUGUUGUUCCCCCAGCCAGCACAACCUGGAGAUGCUUUCCACCAAAUUUUAAACGGGCUGGCUCGGAAGCUGCCUCAUGACAAGAGAAUAUACUUGAAACCCGGCGAGAAGGUUUUGAACUGGACUGCAGGAGCUGUUGCGGACCUCAAGCCUUGGUGAAGAUGCGAUUCACUAUAGUUUCUUGCUCGCCCAGAAAGUAAUAGUGAAACUUGAUUAUUGUAGAAGCUGUCAAGUUCCUAUUUUUUGUUUCUGGUUUUCUCUGUUCAAGAUUACUGUAGGAAUUGCUAAUUUUUGUGCAUGAGUUGAAGAAUGAAAAAAUUGAAGAGGAUGAUGGUAUUGAUCAGAUGCUAAA